AUAAUAAUAAUAAUAAUAAUAAUAAUAAUUGGUAGUACAAGAAUAUAUAUUUUUUAAAAAAUGCCCUUAAAAAAUAUUCCACCGGCGACGGUUACAAUUGGUCCCGAAUCGUGGCGUGAUGUCACCCUAAACACCAUAAGACUGUCCGACCGGUUAGUGAAGACUUUAGCCCCGUGUAGGUCCCGGUCCAGGAAUGGCAGCUCUAGCAGCAGCCCGGUCAUUCAACUCGGAGAAGAACCACGAAACAUCGAGGCUCGGAAUCAGCAACUCGGACCUCGAAAUAGCGAUCUCAGUCAACCCCAUGGAAAGUGGACCAACAGAUCUGAAGCUGAAAGCGGGGUGGAAAAAGCAGGAGCUUGCAAAUACAGGUCUGCAUCUGCACCGCAGCAUAAUUUACAUGUGAAAGCAGGAGACACCCCCCCUUCGUUCCUGCGGGUUCACCUAGCAGAACGCAGCUCCCACCUCGCCCGAUCUUACACGAGGGCCAUCCGCGCGCUGGUCACUGAGCUGAGGCUGCAGGCUGUCCACACCAACGACGAAGCCAAGAGGCUGCUGCGCGGUCGAGAGGCCCUGGAGAAGAGCCUGGCGGGCCUGCGCAAAGACCUGAUGCUCAACAAGAGCAGUGUGGACACCAGGAGGCUCAGACCGGCGCCCAGGGAGAGGGUGCGCGAUGGUGCCGACUGUCUUCUGGAAGCAGAGAGAAAGCUGUUGAUUGAUCUGAAAUCAGAACUGGAAAUACGACUCAAAAUGACAAGACACCAGCUUGAGGUGCUGUGCUCCUGUCGGAAGGUUCUGCUGGAGUGUGCUGCAGAGAGGUCCAGGGUUCUUGACCUGUUCCCCAAUUCUUUUGCGGACUGGACUCGGAGCCACAGCUGCAGCCCUACCUCUCCAACCCCCUCCCCUUCCCCUUCACCUUCUCAGAGGAGAGAGCUCCCGAGGGCCAGCCCUGUAACACCCUGCACUCCAGAAUGCCAGGAGGCGCUGCAGGCCGCUCGGAUAGCUUGCCUCCAGUCUAGAGCUCUGUGCCGAGAGGUGAAGGAAGCGGUUGAUCAGGCCGUGUCUCUUGGAUUCACCGCACACAAAGCCACCAACGACGGCCUCACACAGAAGAUAGCUGAGACUGUUAACCUCACACAACACCUACAGGUGAGUUCAGGGGAGGCCCGGGUUGCGAUCCAGAGAGCCCAGCGCUGGUACGAUGAGAACAAGCACUCGGAGGGGCGGGUCCUGGGUCCGGUCUCCAGCGCUGACUUGCUGACUAGAGAGCGCCUUGACCGGCCGCAGGUCCAGGUCUAUCAGAGACACCCCGGGACUCAGCUGCCUGAGGCCACUGUCAUCGUACAGGGUUGCGCUGCCCUCCGACAGUCUCUGCUGAACAGCAGCCAGGACCUGGGCCUGCUGCACCUCACUCGCCUACAGCUGGAGGAGAACAUGCAGGGGAAGAGGGCAGCGGCCAGGCUGGACUCCAGUAUCACCAGGCUUCGCCGGAGGAAUGCUGACCACCGCUGGACCGUGCCCCACCUCAAAUAAAAACCUGCUUCGUUUAACAGUGUGUCCUGCGUGUGGCGUGUUUAAAAUAAGGUCUGUGCUAAUCAGAGGGGUUUUGAUUGAUUUUGAAUUUGGAGGAAUCGCCUCCCCGUUGAGAGUGUAGGACCCUAAGUAUUGAAGUUGAUAGAGUGUGUUACUUUGGCUUUGCCUGUGCAGUGUGGUGUACUUUGUCAGAGAGAAUGCAGCUGGACCUUGAUGACUGUCCACUGUGUUUACAUUCCCGAACACCUCCCUUUAAAACCUGUUUGCCCUGAGGUAAGGCUACACCUAACAGUAGAGGAUGUAAUUCAUCUUCAAUCUCUCUUCUAGCUCAAUAUAUAAAAAAAGACAUAGUCAUGCAUAGUCAAUUGCAGUGUUAAUUUCUGCACUUCACACAAUGAAUGAUUUAAUGCGGUUUUUUUUUUUCAAUUCUGUUUUUUGUGGGGUACACUUUUGAUGACCAACCUCCUAAAAUUAAUUAUUCAUGAGCUGCUCUUUCUUAGCCAGUCAAGGGGAGUGGGAGGAGCUGAAUCCUUAGCCCCGCCUUUCUCUGACAUCUUGAAGCGUGCAGUGUUUCUAACCAGUAUUAUGGAGAGUGCUGUGUAUUUGAAUAUAUAUGAAUCAGCGAAUUGGUAUUGUAAUUACAAUCAUAUUAUUAUACUAAACUGUUUUUAAAUUGCAUCAUAUUAUGGGAUUUGUUUUGCCAUAUAAUAAAGC